UGGGCGGGGUUGAGCCAAACUCUAGAUUCUCCCAGUGUCAAAUUAAACAAAUCUCCUUCGUUAGGGCAACUGGAUGCAACGGAGUCUCCGACGAGUUCGCGCCCUGAUCAACAGGGUGCUCCGCGUCCUCUCCCUCGAUUACACCAGUGCGACAUUGCAUCUGCGACUCCAUUCCUCCCGCGAGAAUACACAGUGAAAUUCAAAACGGUGCUUUUCAGUUUUCAUUCCCGCGAGAAGGGAAAAAACGGUGAGAACGUGAUGUAAUUUCAAUUUCACGGCUGAUUGAGUGCGUCGCGCCAGAACAUCCUGACGGAACCGUUUCCAUUGUCGAGAAAAGAAAGGGUAACACAGAUUGAAGCACGGAGUGAUAUUAAAAGCCCCCUGACACUUUGACAACUUGCAAACGACGCGUUUUUCCUUCUUCGAGGAAGUAUUCUCGAUGCAACAAAGCAGUUGUCCUCAGGUUCAUGAUCUCUUCGCGGACGCGAAGGAUCAACCGUGCGAUCUGCGUGCUCGGUGUCAAGAAUACUGGUACAUCUUUCCGAUUGACAAAAUGUUCCCCAUAAAACGUGCGUGGAACGGAUUCGCUAGCCUGGUCCCGGAGGUGCUGUGUGCCGACGUCGCCUGGCCGGCCCUCAACCAAGCGUCCUGGCCAGUCCUGGCGAGACCGCCGAUCAGCUGUAAGAUCGCGCCGCAUCAUGAAAAGCCACCGUACUCCUAUAUCGCUUUGAUCGCGAUGGCGAUCAACUCGUCGCCGAAGCGAAGGCUGACGCUUGCCGGCAUCUACAAGUUCAUCAUGGACAGGUUCCCCUACUACAGGGAGAACCGGCAGGGCUGGCAGAACAGCAUACGGCAUAACCUCAGCCUGAAUGACUGCUUCGUGAAGGUACCGCGGGACCGGACGUGCACGGACGACGGCGAGGGUCAUACAGCCGGAAAGGGAAGUUACUGGACCUUGGACCCGUCCGCCAGCGAAAUGUUCGAGCACGGCAAUUACAGGCGCAGGAGAACGAGACGACAGAGGGUACUCGCUCAUGAUGGAAGACCGGAAGGAUUAUCGAUAUCAACCGAAUUCUUAUCCAAUUCGACGAAACUUCAAGAAGAUCAGCAAGAAAUUACUGAAACAAACGAAAAAAACGUCAUGACGAAGGAUACCGAAAUCGAACGUAUAGAUUCUCCAGGACGUAUCACCAAAAUGACGAUGUUCAGCAUCGACAACAUCCUACGGAAAUCCACGCGAGAGUCGCAAUUAUAGUUUUAUAUACUUACUAUCGAAAUAGUUUAUGUAAUAUAACGUCAAUGGAACAUCUUAACAUCGAGCAGCAAUGUUAAAUAAGAAGAUUCAUUUUGGAACCGGAAAUCACAUUUUCCGUUCUUAUGUUAUAAAUAUGUGCAUUCACGAAUUAUAACUAGUUCUAUUUAUUGUAAAAUGUUUUUUUUUUAUUUUAGCAUAAAGAAUAUGCAAUAUUAUAAUCGAAAG